UUUCGCAGUAUAAUGUAAUUCGACAGUGCCAUUUAUUCACUCUCGUCUCACAUAAAAAGUAGAACGAACGUGUAUAAAGGUGGAGAAAAAAGGAUAGCCCCAUUGGUGAAACUCUGUGGACUAUCCAUUCGCUGCUGUUGAAGUCAGUGAAAAUCGCGGCACUCGCUGAACAGUAAGGCCUACUGGAUAUGUGACAACACCGGUGUUUCCUUGUUGUCCUCUGGACGUAGGAGAACUGUCACUUAAAAUGUGUGAGGUGCAAUACUGAGGAAGAUGACUUGAGUACCUACUGUAAGCUAUGCCUGCAACAUGGCCUGUACAAAACAUUCAGCGGUGGACUAUCUGAGAAACGCUCGGGUUCUGCUGAUCGAGCACCUCAAGAAUCAGGCACUCAUUGUUGACAAGCUUAAAGAGCUAAAGGUAUUCAACUUUGACAAUGGCAGAGCCGUCAUGUCAGAAAAGAAUCCCUCGGACCAGAGCAGGAAAAUUAUAGACUUUGCCACCAACAAGGGUGAAGAGGCAAGCUAUUUAUUGCUCAGGAUUUUAGAUGGUGAAAAGGGCAGAACUUUACCAAAAGAUGCCACUCCUGACCUACAUCAGUGGAUCAGCUGCUUUCCCUUCAGACAGGAGCCAGAAAUGGAGCCCACAGGUUCCAAACCUUGUCAACGAUACCAACAUCAGCUCAAAGAGAAAGCCAAGGUCAUACUCAGAAAUCACUCAAAGCAAUCAAAAUCCCUCCUUACUGAAAGUGGAAGGUUUGUGUAUGCACCACUUGUACUUGACACAGAUGACCAGAGAUGUCCAGUGAUGACUAAAAUUAAACAGAAAAGCAAAAAGUACAAGGUACCUCGCACUAAGAAACUGAAUGCCUACAUUCCUUUGAAAGACGCUCAGAAAUCUCCUAAAGAUCUGCUGACAAAUGAGCAAGAUAUUUUGCUCCCUGGGAAACCAGGAAUAGGAAAGACAACCGUCACCAUGGAAAUGAUCAACCUCUGGACUAACAUGGAAAACAGAAAAUUGAACUAUAUGUUCUACUUUGAUGAGACACUCCCUGACAUGUCAAAGUCAACAAGUCUAGAAUCUCUGCUGUUUGCAUAUGUUGAGCCACGUUUAGAUAGAGAAGAGGUCCUGCAAGAUAUCAAGGAAAACUCUGAACAUGUCAUCGUAAUAUUUGAUGGUGUCAAAGAUGUACCGUUCAACUCAAUCCUGUAUAAAAUACUGACCAAAGAACUUCUCCCAGAGGCCAAGGUUGUAUUAACCUGCCGACCAGAGCACGAGGAGGUGCUUCCAGAGUGGAGUGCUUGCAGAGUAUGCGUGCAGGGUUUCAAUGCGCAAUCACUCCAGAUUUACUUGUCUGACGUACUUCAAGAUAAACCUGAUGCACUGAGAUUGAUUAUGGGGAAUCUAGAGCUGCGUAGCCUUUGUCAUGUCCCCAUGCAUGCAUAUAUGGUUGCUGCCUGCAUGCUGUUUCCUAGUGAUGAAGUUCCUAACUUGUGCACAGCAACAACUAUCUACCUACACAUUUUUCGCCAUAUACUGAUGAAAUGUAAGCAACUGACCCAGUUUAAUCACUUAAUUCAGCGCAGCAAAGAAGAGAUACUGCACUUGUGCAAACUUAGUUUCAGCGCAAUGAAACAGCGGACCAUACUCCUAGAGGAUUGUGAAGACAACAACAUUGAGCGUAAUUUUCUGAAUCAACUUACUUUCAGGGAUAGCCCAACAUCUUCAGAAACACGGUGCAGUUUCCUCCACAACACUAUGCAAGAAUUUUUUGCAGCUCUUUGGCUGGUUGCUAACCCAGGGGAAAUAGAUGGAGUUCUGGCCAACUGUAGGAAAGAUGAGGAGAAACACAUGAGGCACGUGAUCUCCUUUCUGAGUGGCCUUUUCUCUGAGAAAAAUGUCUCUUUACUGAAGUGCCUGAUACCAGCAGAGGACAUAACAAAAGCAUCCCAUGGAUUCCAUCAGAAACUUUUUAGCUCAUUUCUGCAUCCCUCUACAGACCACGGACAAGAGGAUACACCAUAUGACAGCCGCGAAGACUUUAUCUUUCUCUGUCAGUGCCUAUUUGAAAUGCAGUCCCAUCAGGCAUGUUCUGUGUUCCUCAACAAAAUCAGAUGCUGUUUUGACUUUGGGGAUGGAUGUCUUGACCCUUAUCAGUGCUGUGCCAUGUCGUACAUCAUCAAGCAAUCAAGAGACAAGGUUGUUUUAGAACUGGCAAAUUGUGAUAUUUCUGAAGAAAUGAUCAAGAUGAUUUGUAGCUGCCAUCAGCACAUUAAGUAAGUAAUACAUUGUAAGUGCUAGUGUUGCCAAAACAUUGUGUUGUUUGCAGAUUUCUGAUUGCCAUUCACUUUUUUCAGUGUUGAUUCCAGCUUUUUACUAACAAUCUCAAU